CGGGGGAAACGGUCGCCCUGUGGUGACGUAUCCCGCCGGCGCGAGCAAGUGACGCGCGGGACCCGUUGUCUGUGUGUGGGGCUAGGGGCCCCGGGGGCGUCGGGGGCUCCCGGCGGGGCGGCGGUGGGUCGGGAGGGCCUGGACAUGGCGCUGAGGGGCCGCCCCGCGGGAAGAUGAAUAAGGGCUGGCUGGAGCUGGAGAGCGACCCUGGCCUCUUCACCCUCCUGGUGGAAGAUUUCGGUGUCAAAGGGGUGCAAGUGGAGGAGAUCUAUGACCUUCAGAGCAAGUGCCAGGGCCCCGUGUAUGGAUUCAUUUUCCUGUUCAAAUGGAUCGAAGAGCGCCGAUCCCGUCGCAAGGUCUCUACCUUGGUGGAUGAUACAUCUGUGAUUGAUGACGAUAUUGUGAAUAAUAUGUUCUUUGCCCACCAGCUGAUCCCCAACUCUUGUGCCACUCAUGCCCUGCUGAGCGUGCUCCUGAACUGCAGCAAUGUGGACCUGGGGCCCACCCUGAGUCGCAUGAAGGACUUCACCAAAGGCUUCAGCCCUGAGAGCAAAGGAUAUGCAAUUGGCAAUGCCCCGGAGUUGGCCAAGGCACAUAAUAGCCAUGCCAGGCCCGAGCCACGCCACCUCCCUGAGAAGCAGAACGGCCUUAGUGCAGUGCGGACCAUGGAGGCAUUCCACUUUGUCAGCUAUGUGCCUAUCACAGGCCGGCUUUUUGAACUGGAUGGGCUCAAGGUCUACCCCAUUGACCAUGGGCCCUGGGGUGAGGAUGAGGAAUGGACAGACAAGGCCCGGCGGGUCAUCAUGGAGCGUAUCGGCCUCGCCACUGCAGGGGAGCCCUACCAUGACAUCCGCUUCAACCUGAUGGCGGUGGUGCCCGAUCGCAGGAUCAAGUAUGAGGCCAGGCUGCAUGUCCUCAAGGUGAACCGUCAGAUAAUACUGGAGGCCCUGCAGCAGGUGAUCAGGGUAACACAACCAGAGCUGAUUCAGACCCACAAGUCUCAGGAGGCACAGCUGCCUGAGGAGUCCAAACCAGCCAGUGGCAAGUCCCCCGUGGCUCUGGAGGCGAGCAGGGGCCCAGUGUCCUCUGAGGGCACCCACACAGACGGUGUGGAGGAGGUGGCUGGUUCAUGCCCACAAGCCCUGACCCACAGCCCUCCCAGCAAACCCAAGCUGGUGGUGAAACCUUCAGGGAGCAGCCUCAAUGGUGUUCCCCCCAACCCCACUCCCAUCGUCCAGCGGCUGCCAGCUUUUCUGGACAAUCACAACUAUGCCAAGUCCCCCAUGCAGGAGGAGGAAGACCUGGCAGCAGGUGUGGGCCGUAGCCGAGUUCCAGUUCGCCCACCCCAGCAGUACUCCGAUGACGAGGACGACUAUGAGGAUGAGGAGGAGGAGGAUGUGCAGAACACCAACCCCGCCAUCAGGUACAAGCGAAAGGGGCCAGGAAAGCCAGGGCCAUUGAGUGGCUCUGGGGAAGGGCAACUGUCGGUGCUGCAGCCCAACACUAUCAAUGUCUUGGCCGAGAAGCUCAAAGAGUCCCAGAAAGAUCUCUCGAUCCCCCUGUCCAUCAAGACCAGCAGCGGCGCUGGAAGUCCGGCUGUGGCAGUACCCAUGCACUCGCAGCCCUCGCCCACCCCCAGCAACGAGAGCACAGACACAGCCUCUGAGAUUGGCAGCGCUUUCAACUCACCACUGCGCUCACCCAUUCGCUCGGCCAACCCCACACGGCCCUCCAGCCCUGUCACCUCUCACAUCUCCAAGGUGCUUUUUGGAGAGGAUGACAGCCUGCUGCGUGUUGACUGUAUACGCUACAAUCGCGCUGUACGUGACCUGGGUCCUGUCAUCAGCACAGGCCUGCUUCACUUGGCUGAGGAUGGUGUGCUGAGUCCCCUGACACUGACAGAGGGUGGGAAGGGUUCCUCGCCCUCCAGCAGACCAAGCCAGGGUAGCCAGGGGUCCGGCAGCCCAGAGGAGAAGGAGGUGGUGGAAGCUGCAGAUGGCAGAGAGAAGUCUGGGCUGGCCAGGUCUGGUGAGCCCUUGAGUGGGGAGAAGUACUCACCCAAGUGUGGCUUUGGUGCUGGCGCCAGCCUCCCUCAUGGGUGCAAUGCUGGGUUUUGGCAGGAGCUGCUGGCACUGCUGAAGUGUGUGGAGGCUGAGAUUGCAAACUAUGAGGCUUGCCUCAAGGAAGAAGUGGAGAAGAGGAAGAAGUUCAAGAUUGACGACCAGAGAAGGACACACAACUAUGACGAGUUCAUCUGCACGUUCAUCUCCAUGCUAGCUCAAGAAGGGAUGCUGGCCAACCUGGUGGAGCAGAACAUCUCGGUGCGGCGGCGCCAAGGGGUCAGCAUUGGCCGGCUCCACAAGCAGCGGAAGCCUGACCGGCGGAAACGUUCACGCCCCUACAAGGCCAAGCGCCAAUGAGGAUGCUGGCCCCAACUCUGCAGCCUGCUCUUGCCUUGUGGCCUCACCAGGGCCCCUUCCCUGCUCCACUCCCCCUUCCCAGUAUUACUGAAUAGUUCCAGCCAGAGAGCUCAGACCCUGGAAAGGGAAGCCAGGCCGGGAUUCCCGUAGUGCUCAGGAAGCAGCAGCUGGAGCUGGGAAAGCGAGGUGCUGCAGCUUUCUUCACAGCCGGCUGUGGGGCUGCAGGACCUGGCCUUUCUGCCUGGGCAGCAGAAUAUAUAUUUUACCUACA